AUGGCGGAGGGCGGGCAGGGCGGGAAGAAAUUUGUGUAUGUUGAGCCACCUAGGAGAGUUAAAGACAUACUUGAAGAAGAGCUUUAUUUUCGGACAGAAGCAUGCCAUGUUAAACAUCCAGCUGCAGUGGCUCUGGAGGGAAUUUGGAGUUUGAAAAAGAAUUUCUCCAUUGGAAGCCUGAAACCAGUCUCACAGAACAGAAAUGGUUUACUUUUACAGCCUCAACUCUACUCAAGGCAUGCAGGAAUGAAAAGUAAGAGUCAAUAA